AAAGCUUGUCCAUAUCCCUUAUCUGUAACAAGCAAGGCCAUUCUUUCAAGCUAUGGACAACUCCAGAAAUGGCUAUACUAAUGUUCCAAAUCAAUCUAACAGAUAUGACUCAGAUACAAGAUCAUCAGGUUGGCGAAGAAGGCCUUCUUUCUCUUUACAGAACCCUUGGUCCAGGAAUGAUUUGAUUGUUAAUAGGCGAUUUCUCGAUGAUCCUCCAUCUGCGUACUCAAGAACAAGAACAGAGAUCUCAUCAACUGUAGAUUCAGUACCAUCAUCACCUCCUACUCCGCAUCAUGUUUCCAUCGGAACCAGCAACAACGUGCGGAGGCAGCACCUAGAGGCACUAAGGCAAGCCGUACACAACCGACAUGAUAGUACUAGACACGAGAGCAACUCAAGAUCAGCAGCAGCAUCACAAGCCAGAGAAGAAGACAAUGUUCUGAAAUAUCUAACAAAAGAGACAUACAACCCUGUCCCAAAAAGCCAGCUUCUCAGAAACCUGAGCUUAUACUACAAAAACAAGAACUCUGGCCUCGAAAGCUCAAGAAACCCUCAAGGUUACUCCGGAGGAGAAGGGGAGAAAAGAUGCGCAGUAUGUUUAGAAGACUUUAAGCCCAAGGAAACAGUGAUGCUCACUCCAUGCAAACAUAUGUUCCAUGAGGAAUGUAUAGUCCCGUGGUUAAAGAGUAAAGGACAGUGUCCGGUCUGUAGAUUCGUCAUUCUCACACCGACAAAACGAGACUCUUCUCCAAGUAUUAGCCCUGAUCUCGCAGGAGACAUGACAGUGAACGAUCUCUUCACAUUACAGCUUAUCUCUAUGGUACAAGCAAUGGAGGAAACUUUCCUUUUUGGCUAUCAUCAUCGCCAUUAGAAUCAUAACUUUGACAUAUCUAUCUUCUAAAUAAUAAUUACAUUAUAUAUAUAACUAUUCUUAAUAAUUUUACACUAAUAAUAAUUUAAUUGAUUUAGUUAAUUUAUAAAGUUUACAUGAGUUUACUAUUAUUAACCAACAAAAAUAUAUA